GAAAAACUUAUGAAGUAACUGGGUGAGGAGAAGGAAAAAAAAGAUUUUUUAAAACGGAUACGUGUACAUUGGAGAAAGAUUGCCUGAAGUGGAAUCACCGUGGCUGUGAGUGGCAACGUCCAAAGAAAAUUGAGCUGUCCUGGUUUCAGUUGUGCACAUAUGAAUGCAGGCGGCCGCCUUUCUGAUGUGUAGUUUCUUGCACUGAUGAAGAAAAAACUGCUGAAGUCAUGAGGCUGCUCCAAGCAGAGCCCUCAUGUGAGUCAUAUGAAAGCUCCAGCAUUGCUGACCUCUGGCAAAAAGGGAGUGAACAAGGACAGGAGAGGCAGAGGGAGGGAGGUUCAAGUGCCGGGUUUUCUCCUUGAACCUGGAAGAUCAUGGGUCAAGAGCUGUGUGCAAAGACUCUGCAGCCUGGAUGCAGCUGCCGUUGCCGUUGGGAGGGAGGCGAUGCACACAGCCGUCAGAGGAGCGCUCCGGUGAUGAUGGAGGCUGCGAUCAAGCUAACAGACCUAAAAGAAGCAUCAUGUUCCAUGACUUCAUUUCACCCCAGGGGACUUCAGGCUGUCCGUGCCCGGAAGUUCAAGAGUAAAAGGCCACGGAGUAACAGCGAUUCUUUUCAGGAAGAGGAUCUGAGUCAGGGUUUUCAGUGGAGGAAGAGCCUCCCCUUUGGGGCAGCCUCAUCUUACUUGAACUUAGAGAAGCUGGGUGAAGGUUCUUACGCUACAGUUUACAAGAGGAUUAGCCGGAUAAAUGGACAACUAGUGGCUUUAAAAGUCAUCAGCAUGAAUGCAGAGGAAGGAGUCCCAUUUACAGCCAUCCGGGAAGCUUCUCUCCUGAAGGGUUUGAAACAUGCCAAUAUUGUGCUGCUCCAUGACAUUAUCCACACCAAAGAGACACUGACAUUCGUUUUUGAAUACAUGCACACAGACCUGGCUCAGUAUAUGUCUCAGCAUCCAGGAGGGCUUCAUCCUCACAAUGUCAGGCUUUUCAUGUUUCAACUUUUGCGGGGCCUGGCAUACAUCCACCACCAACACGUUCUCCACAGGGACCUGAAACCUCAGAACCUACUCAUCAGUCACCUGGGAGAGCUCAAACUGGCUGAUUUUGGUCUUGCUCGGGCCAAGUCCAUUCCCAGCCAGACAUACUCUUCAGAAGUUGUGACUCUCUGGUACCGCCCUCCUGAUGCCUUGCUGGGAGCCACUGAAUAUUCCUCUGAACUGGACAUAUGGGGUGCAGGCUGCAUCUUUAUUGAAAUGUUCCAGGGUCAACCUUUGUUUCCUGGGGUUUCCAACAUCCUUGAACAGCUGGAGAAGAUCUGGAAGGUAAUGCCUUCUGUAACACCGACGCCGGAGCAUCUCACUGCAGUCAAUGCACCCCAGUAACAAAUGUACUCGUUCAGGAGACGGUGCGACGAGACAAGCGUUUGCGAAUC